UCGCACGUCGAACCGUCCGUGCAGUCCGGCGUACAUCGCGCCAAUCGUCGUAUCUCGCGUCAACAUCGAGCACCGGCGUCAUGACGAUACGGACGUAAUUGUUACGAACGUCUUCUUCGCAUUUACCGUAUCGAUAGAAAACGAAAAAAAAAAACAGGCGCUACAGAAAAUAUACCAUCGUCCAUAACAAUAUACAUACACAGCACGACUGCGGUAUCGCAUAUAUAGCAACCCCGCGGGAGACGUAGUCAUGUCUCCGCGCUCCAGACGAGUGAGUCGAAUCGCGAUCAUCGAACCGGGGGUGCCGACCGUCUAGCCAAUAUUGUAUACGCACACAUUUCCAAGACGAUCGCGAUUUCGUAAGAAACCGACGUCGUUUACCCGUACGGUAAUACUGUGAUAAUAUCGUCGUAAACCUAUACGCGUCCGUAUACACCGGGCAACGCAUCGCGUGUGCCUAUACGUAGGUGUAAUUGCUGUCAGGUGCCAUGUCUGCCGGGCUCAAACGGAACAUCAACAACAACGUGGUCGACACCACCGCCGACCGGAAAUGGAGCCCGGAAGUCCACACGAAAAUAUUCAUACCGCCCAUUAGCGUCACGGAACCCCGAGCGAAAUUCGCCAAAGAAAUCGGCUCUACGACUGCUCAACAAGAGCCGCGGCGGAAGUACGUGACGACGGUGGUCUGCAGCAGCGGAAGCGACAGUAGCGAUGGUGGAUGUGCGGCUGGUGGUGGCGUGGGAAGGGGCCGUCGGCAUCCGGUGUCGCGAAGCGGUUCGUGCCGUGGCCAGCCGCAGGCGUUGUCGCCCAUGUCGGCCGGGGCGCUGUCGCCCAGCCUGCGGUCGCUCGGCGUCCCGGGCUCGCCUUCCGCGGCCGCGAUGGCCAUCGGCUCCGCGAAUCACAACUCGAUGUGCGGCAGUGGUGGCAUGUACGCGUCGGCCACCCACCAGCACCGGGACGCGUCGCCGCUCCGUUCGUGGUCGGACGCCGUGUCUGUCCGGUCACUGGCGUCCAUCGGCAUGGGCUCGACGGACGGCCGGAAGCUGACCAUAGCCAAGGUGCCCACGUCGCCAGCGGAACUGCUCAACUUGGCCAGCCCUCAAACAUUUAUUGAAAAAGACGACGGUGAUUUUACAGAAUGCAGCAGUUGUUCCAGGUCACUUGCCGAGUCGUUAUCGGACUUCCGGUCCAGGACCAGGACUCACUAUUGGCGCAGCAAACUGCAAUUCAUCUUAGCAUGCCUGGGCUGUUCGGUUGGCCUAGGCAACAUGUGGCGGUUUCCAUAUCACUGCCAUAAAAGUGGCGGAGGUAUAUUUUUGAUACCAUAUUUUUUGGUGAUGAUAUUUUGUGGAAUACCGUUACUAUAUUUAGAAUUGGCUAUUGGACAGUUUACUAAACGAGGACCAAUUAGUGCAAUAUCGAAACUAUGUCCAAUUCUAAAAGGUGUUGGUUUAUCCAGCGUGGUGACGUCGUUUUUCGUAUCCGUCUAUUACAACGUGAUCAUUGCAUACACUCUGUACUAUUUCUUCUCGUCGAUCCAAGACCAGCCGCCGUGGGCCCACUGUAACAACAGGUGGAACACUGACAGUUGCUGGAUGGCAGGCAGUAACACCACUAGGCCUUUGGACGGCAGAAGUCCCACCGAAGAGUUUUACAACUUGAAAAUGCUGAAGAUAGCAAAAGACCCGAACACGUUGGGCAACGUCCGUUGGGAGCUGGCCGUGUGCAUGUUUGUCGUGUCCACCGUCGUGUACUUCAAGCUGUGGAAGAGUACCGAAUCGUCCGGCCGCGUCCUCCACCUGACCGCCACUCUGCCGUUCGCCAUGCUAGCCGUACUGUUGGUCAGGUCACUAAUGCUUGACGGCGCCGACAUAGGCAUCGAAUAUUUCCUGUUCAAACUCCGCUGGGAACUGCUGUUGGACUCGAAGGUUUGGGUGAGCGCCGUGGGUCAAAACCUAAGCUCCAUCGGUAUCGCCUUCGGUCUGGUAAUUUCGUUCUCUUCGUACAAUCGUUACAACAACAAUAUAAUGGUGGACACCGUGACCAUAUCACUCAUAAACGGCGUUUCGAGUUUUGCCGUGGGACUUUUCACGUUCGCCACUUUGGGGAGCAUGGCCAAGGAGUACGGAAAGUCCGUGGAAGACGUCAUACCGGAUGGACCAGGAAUUGUGUUCAUCCUGUUCACGAAAGUGCUAUCCAGUAUGCCGUACUCCACCUACCUGUCGAUGUUACUAUUCUUCAUGAUGUUUUGUCUGGCCCUGAACAGCGAGUUCGCCAUCGUCGAAGUCAUCGUGACGUCCAUACAAGAUGGAUUUCCACGCGCUGUCAAAAAAUACCUUAUCUGCCACGAACUGUUGGUCUUGGUGGUCUGCUUUGCUUCGUUUCUUCUCGGACUUCCACUUGUCACGCAGGGUGGUACAUACUUGUUCCAAAUAAUUGACUAUUACACUUCUACGUGGUCGGUGAUUUACAUUGCAUUUUUCGAAGUGAUAGCGGUGUCCUGGAUGUACGGUGGUAAUAAAAUGGUUGAGGACAUCGAAAGGAUCACGGGAACAAAACCGCUGUGGUUUUUCAAAUUCAGUUGGUACAUUACUACUCCCCUUUUACUAAUGUUUAACAGACUAUGAGCCACCGACCUAUAUGAAUGGCACUCGGAGCUUUCCCACUUGGGUCCACGUGAUAGGAUGGUCCAUGGUUAUGAUCUCAUUGGCAUGUAUACCCAUCAUGUCUGUUUAUAC